UUGUGGGGGAAAAAUUUAGUUUUUCUUGUCCUUUGUGCCCCUUAACUACCUCCCAUGGGUAUUUGUAGGACCAGCUUUCCCAUUCUUACUCCAUAUGCCCUCUCAGGGUGCGACUGCUAACCACUUCCUUCUGGAUAGAAGGCAGAGAACGACUGUCCCAAAUUAGCUGUUCCUUCAGGCAGGUUUGACAAAUGACAAUACUGGAAGCUUAAGUUCAGUACUUCCCAGUGGCCUCUCUCAGAUUUCUCUUGCUGCUCUUGCUCAUAGUCCUGCCUGAUUCAUUUCAUUUAAGGACCUUUCAAAGAGUUGCGGCUUUCCUUGCUCCCCAAGUAUUUCUUUUAGGAGAAGUUCCUGUCCACCUCCCUUGAGACUUUAGCCCAGCCUUGAAGAUUGCCUCUGAGCCUGCCAUCCUGGGUGACAUUUCCAGUGGAUACUUACUCUGACACCAUGAUCUGAAGAUGACGAGGCAGAAGACCUUCCUGUGACGGAGCCGGCUAUCUGGUAGAGGAGUUCCUCCCCUGGGAGAUGGCGUAUGGUAGUUUUAUUUUCAGGAAGUCUAGCUAAGCUAGUGUCCAAAGUCUUCCCGCACCAGAGUCACUAGGUUGCUUUUUCUUUUCUUUUUUUCUUUUUUAAGAUUUUAUUUAUUUAUUUGACAGAAUGAGAGAGAGAUCACAAGUAGGCAGAGAGGCAGGCAGAGAGGGGGGGCAGUAGGCUCCCCACUGAGCAGGGAGCCAGAUGUGGGGCUCAUCCCAGGACUCUGAGAUCAUGACCUGAGCUGAGCCCAGAGGCUUAACCCACUGAGCCAACCAGGCACCCCUAGGUUGCUUUUUCAAAUGCAGAUUCCUCGACCCCACCCAGACCCAUUAAAUUAGACUGUAAUGGACAGACCCUAGGAGUCUACAUUUUUAACUUGAUUCUUUUACACCUUUAUUGCAACAAAGGGUUCAGGCUGAAAGUCUAGGCCAAUUUCAUACCACCUCUUGUGGGGACUCUGUAUUUAUAAGGGCGUUGGCUAGAGAAAUCUAGGCCCCACGCGACAGGAGCAGCCUCAGAGGUCAAGCUCUGUAGCUCCGCCUCCGCCAUCCGAGCUCCUGAGGAAUAGGUUCCUGGGCCAGAAGUGCGUCUGCAGGCUGUCCUGGCCCUCAGCCCCAAUACAAGCUGCAAAGAGUAGCAAAGGCUCCUGGGAAAGUAUCGCUCUGCCUCCAAAUUGAGGGCUAAAGGGAAAAAUGAGUGUAAAGAGCCCAUUCAUUCAACUACACUCUUUUUUUUUUUUUUCCAUAAAAGAAAAGGCUGGUGGAAGGAGGUGGGGAUAUGUGGGAACUCUGUACUUUCCAUUCAACUUUACUGGGAAACUACAGCUGCUCUAAAAAGUAACAUGUGUACACACACACACACACACACACACACACACACAAACGGGGAUGCUGCUUUCUAGAGCUAGUAAAGCAGGGGUGUGAUAGGAAACCAUUUGGAUGUGGUGGACAGGACAUGAAGAAUGGUGACUUGGUAAGCCUAGACAUCACACAGAACCUUUGGUACAUCACUAACACAGUGGUCUGGCCACUUCCUUCCACUUUCACUGUUUUCUCUUCAACAUGGUCAUGGUGUCAGCAUCUCUGGUCUCAGAGCCCAAGGCCCUGCAGUUCAGAGUUCGUGAUCUGCCCAGGGUCACCUAGAUCCUGAGCGAGUAGCACAGCCAGAAGUGACACCCAUACCAUCCGGCCUCUCGGCCCUGGCUCCCCUCCACCGUGGCUGCCUCUCACUCCGCUGGUGCUUUAUCUCCGAGGCAAGGGAGCACUCAGAGGGCCACAUGCCAACCUCACCUAAAAAUAGCUCACAUUUAUGGAGCACUUAGUCAGCCACAUUCUGCUAAGCACUUUACACAGAUUGCCUCUUGUAAUCCUCACAACAACCCUGUGGUCCUUAUCCUCUCCGUUUUGCAGGUGAGGAAGCAGACCUAAGAGACAGUGACAUGUGGCCAGUCACACAAGCUAGCUGGUGAUGGAGCCAAAGGUGAGGCCAGCUGGUCUGGCUCCGGAGCACGGACUUGGCCUCCUCCCACUACCACUAGGCGGUUAGGCGGAAGGGAUGGGGACAGACCCCAUAAAGGGCAAGUUGUGAAAAUCUCCCGCUGGAGCCCAGCCUUGGGGUGGCCCAGCAUGGAGGCAGUCACAGCUCUGGAGGUGCCCUCGGGAUCCACACUGAAGGUGAAAGAAACGCACACCGCUGAUGCUGAAGGACCCCCUGCUUCAUCUCGACAAGAGUCCAGCAGCCCCAUUCCCCAGCUUCUGCCCCGUAUAGAAGAGCACCCCAAGAUCUGGCUACCUCGGACCCUGAGGCAGACCUAUAUCCAGAAGGUCGGAGACACUGUGAACCUACUAAUCCCAUUCCAGGGCAAACCCAAACCUCGAGCCACCUGGACACAUGAUGGCUGUGCCUUGGAUACCAGCCGUGUGAGUGUGAGGAAUGGGGAGCAGGACUCCAUCCUCUUCAUCCGAGAAGCCCAACGUGCUGACUCGGGUCGCUACCAGCUCAGUGUACAGCUGGGAGAGCUGGAGGCCACUGCCACCAUUGACAUCCUGGUGAUCGAGAGGCCAGGCCCUCCUCAGAGUAUCAAGUUGGUGGACGUUUGGGGCUCCAAUGCUACUCUGGAGUGGACACCUCCCCAAGACACGGGCAACACGGCACUCCUGGGAUACACCUUGCAGAAGGCUGACACAAAAUCCGGGCUGUGGUUCACGGUGCUGGAGCGUUAUCACCGCACCAGCUUCACAGUCUCCAACCUCAUCGUGGGCAACUCCUACACCUUUCGAGUCUUUGCUGAGAACCAGUGUGGGCUCAGUGAGACAGCCCCCAUCACAGCCGACCUUGCCCACAUCCAGAAAGCAGCAACUGUCUGCAAGAUCGAGGGAUUUGUGCAGCGAGAUUUCUCUGAAGCCCCGAAGUUCACCCAGCCUUUGGCAGACUGCACCACAGUCACCGGCUAUGACACCCAGCUCUUCUGCUCUGUCCGCGCCUCUCCCAAGCCAAAGAUCAUCUGGCUGAAGAACAAGAUGGAUAUCCAAGGCAACCCCAAGUACAGAGCUCUCAGUCACCUGGGAAUCUGUUCUUUAGAAAUCCGCAAGCCUGGUCCCUUUGACGGGGGCAUCUACACCUGCAAGGCGGUUAACCCCCUGGGGGAGGCGUCUGUGGACUGUCGGGUGGAUGUGAAAGCUCCUCAUUGAGGCUCCCCAAGAGGAUUAGGGCAACUCUGACAAAGGUAAGGAAAGAGGGGCUAGGGUUCUGAAAAGAGUAGGUCAUGUUUAUGACUAGUGUUGAGUCUGAGACAGACAUAAAUUCCUGAGUCUUUCAACCAUGCAGCCAAUGGUGACUACUUUCCUCUUAACCACUUUCUUUGGUAAGCUACCACUAUCAUCUCCAUGAAAGGAAUUUACCAGAGAUGGUACUACUUGUGUCACAUCCUCUAUCUCUACUCAAGUUGAUGACAGGUAUUAAACCUAAGGGACCUCUGCAAAGGGAUGACAGCACCUACCUAACUGUAAGCGGGUUCUGUGGGAGGGAGGCGGGCAGGCACUAUAUGAAAAGUCAUCAAGGGAACAAUCAGGAGUGGAGGAUGGAUGGUCACCACCAGCAAGUGGCAGCAGCAUGGAAAAAGAGACAGGAAGCUGCUUCUAGUCAUUGUUUCUACCUCAGAAUCAUGAGCAUGGUGAGAAACAGAUUAGUUUGCUUAUCUUCUGCUUUGAAAUUUAUGGAUUCCCUCCCUUCUGAGAGAAGAAACCACUAUUAUCAUCAUGCCAAUAAUAAUUGAACAUGUGGGGAUGUGGUCCCAAACAGCACAUUAUUGGCAAAGGGCAACUCAGAUCACCGUUUAAAAUGGGAUAGCGUGUUCAGGUUCUGAAUCACGCACAGUAGAAGUGCUGUGUACAAAUUGAUGAGUGGGAUGAAAAAGCAGCUCGUGGGAGAAUUAAGGAGAACUGGUUCCCGUGUCUCCUUGGACUUGCAGUUCCAGGCUGAUGAAAAUUGAGAGAGAAUACCAACCUAGAAGCCAUUUAUUUGAGUCCAUCAUCGAUAGAGAGCAAAUAAAAACCCUCAGGGAUGCAUUAAAAGCACAGACUUCUCAGGAGAACUCUCUUGGCCAGUUGGCUUGCAAAGACAGUUCUCUGGCCACCCCUCAGUCCCCUCUCUGGGCUAAUGUUAAUGUCACGUUGGGGUUAGCCUUGUCAGGGGGACUUGCUCUGCUACCUCUCUCAGCCAGCACGGGCAACACAGCAGAGUAAGUAGAGAAGUGACAGCACAAGACCCAGGGACCAGGGAGAGGAUUGCCUCAGCAUCCUGGAUGUGCGCUGGGUGUUUGCUGUUAUAGCCACAACAUACUCUUUCUUUUCUGUGCCUCCAGGAAGCCCGACUGCAGUGAGACUGUGUUCUCAAGGAGCUCCAGCACAGUGUCUGCUUUGGACUAAUCUAAAUAAAUGUGUGGAUCCUCAGUGCCUCAGUGUCCAUCCGUUUGAGCCACUGUCUAUGGGAAAAAACAUAAGAAAAACAUUUAGAACAUUGGAAUCCUUUAGCCAGACUGUAUGGAAUCUGCAGACCCUCACACUCCUCUUUCUCCCCAUAGCCACAUUCUCUUCCGCAGAGGUUUCCAACACCGUCCUUUUGUCUAGAAUCUAUGCCAGAGCUGAAUUCCACUCUAUCCAGUGCCUGGUGCUAAAAGAGAUGCUGAAUGUGACUUGUACUCUUCCCCUCUGCACUUUCCAGUAUAAGUUGGAAAACAGGACGCACGUCCAUCACAGAGACACAGACAGCAGAACACAUAAACAUGUACAUAGCUAAUUAAAGACAGGGCACUGAGACUUGAAGGCUGGGAGAUACUAAAGAAAGUAGAGCAGUCUCAUUAAGUCCUGGGGAAAGAGUAAAGGUGAGGUACCCUUUCCUACAUGUUUGUUUUCAUUCUUUUAAUGAGUAAAAUAUUAAAGGCAUUCUAUGAUAGAGUCUGCAAAAGAUAGCAAUUCCUCCCAUCCUGGCUAGGAUGGGCAUAGUGCUCUUCCCACCAAGAGCUGGAGUCUAUUUCUCCUCCCCUUGAACCUGGGCUGACCAUGUGACCUCCUUUAACCAAAAGAAUAUAGCGGAAGUGAUGUUGUGACGGUCUGGGCCUAGACCUCAGGAAGUCUAGUAGUUUCUGCUUUUGCUUCUGGAGGUCAGCUCCCAUGUAAAGAAUCUCAGGACAGAUUACUGAAUUAUGAGAGGCCACAUGCAGGACAACCAAGCAUCCCAGCCGACAGUCCACACCACAGCCCCUAGGCAUGUGUGGCCACCUAAGACCCUUCAGCCGUAGUCAAGCCCAACCUACUCCCAUUGGAGCAGAGACAGAUGGUCCUUACACAAGCCUGCCCAAAUUGUAAAAUCAUGAGGUGAAUGGUUGCUGUUGUUUCAAGCCAUAAAAUAUUGGGCUGGUUUGUUACACAGUAAUAUGUAACUAGAACAGCCUUCUCUGCAUCAGAUACUGGAUGUCAGGCUUUAUCUCUUUUAAUCCUCAUUUUUCACAUGAGGCACUUGAAGUUUAUAAAUUGCUCCAAGUCAUGCAGCUGGUAGUAGAAUUUGAACCAGGUCUGCCUGACUUCAAGCCUUCCCUCUUUCCUUUCCC